AAAAAAAAAAAACCGAAUCGCGGCUCGUCCUGAUUCCACCCAACUCCCACAUACUCCCUUGCGGUGUGGAAAUUUUCGAGUCUUCUUUUCUCCCCUCGUUUCGCUCCCUCCUACCGAACGAGCCCAGCAAACGGGACAAGCCUCUCUUCUUGUCCUCUUUUGUGCCGCCGCCGUUAUCCGCCGCCUUUAACCUGCCCCGCUCCGCUCGUUCCAAGAAGGACUCCCACCCCCAACUACACCAUCAUGUCCGGCGACGCCAUGGACGUGGAGACAGCUGAGCGCCAGCUCAAAUCUAUGGACCACUCUGAGCAGCACUACUUCAACAGCUACAACCACCAUGGAAUCCACGAGGAGAUGCUGAAGGACGAGGUCCGGACAAGGUCGUACAUGAACGCCAUUGUCCAGAACAAGCACCUUUUCAAGGACAAGGUUGUCCUCGACGUUGGCUGCGGAACCGCCAUCCUGUCCAUGUUCGCAGUAAAAGCUGGCGCCAAGCACGUCAUCGGCGUGGACAUGUCGACCAUUAUCUUCAAGGCGCGCGAGAUCGUCAAGGUCAACGGCAUGGCGGACAAGAUCACCCUGAUCCAGGGCAAGAUGGAGGAGAUCGAUAUGCCCUUCCCCAAGGUCGACAUCAUCAUCUCAGAGUGGAUGGGCUACUUCCUACUCUACGAAAGCAUGCUGGACACGGUCCUGUAUGCCCGCGACAAGUACCUGAACAAGGACGGUCUCAUCUUUCCCGAUAGGGCCAUCAUCUUCUGCGCUGGUAUCGAGGACGGCGAUUACAAGGACGAGAAGAUCGGAUUCUGGGACAAUGUCUAUGGUUUCAACUACUCGCCACUCAAGGAGACUGCCCUUUCAGAGCCGCUGGUCGACACGGUCGAGCUCAAGGCGGUUGUGACUGAGCCGACCGGUGUCCUGACCCUGGACCUUUACAAGUGCACCACAGCCGACCUGGCCUUCAGCAUACCGUUCCAGCUCAAGAGCCGCCGCGACGACUUCAUCCACGCCCUGGUAUCGUGGUUCGACAUCGAGUUCACCGCCUGCCACAAGCCCAUCCGCUUCUCGACCGGCCCUCACACCAAGUACACCCACUGGAAGCAGACCGUCUUCUACCUCAAGGACGUCCUGACGGUCCAGCAGGACGAGGAGGUGCAGUGCAGCCUGACGGUCAAGCCCAACGACAAGAACCGCCGUGACCUCGACAUCAAGCUCGACUACAGCCUCGAGACGACGGAACCUAAGCGCGCCGCUCAGGGCUCCUGCACCUAUAGGAUGUGCUGAUUGGUUAUCAGGACCUCAUCGCCGGGAUAUGUCGGCUGGUGCAUGUAGCGAUGCGCCCCGGCUGCGAAGAUCGCAACAUGGCUGUUUGGGGAGAGAUGAGAUGACCCUGGGUGUCUCUAGCCCACUCAUCUCUGGUAUCUUAUGUAUCAUGGUGGAGGAGACCUCGAUAUCCAGCGCUUGCACUGCGUCUUGUCAGGCUGUGGCAAGUCUAAGACCCGAAAUUUGCUCCAAGGGAGAGUAUUGGCAAAUUUCCAAGCGAGUGAGGAAAGGAAAUUGUCUGGGCUCUUUUUGCCCUUGCAUCUAUCAGUGUUGCUAUUGCUUCACCGACCGCCAUUUUGUCGUCUUUUUUUUUUCUAUCUUCAUCAGGCUUCGGAGUUGGGCUAGAUGGGAGAGGUUGCGUCUGGUGGUGGCACCGGAUAUCAGACGCGUAGCAUAUGGAUUGAGCGCGCUUAGAGUCGCUAAUAAAUACGACAUUGAAAGCAAGCGGGAGGUUGCAGAAGUGGUUGGUACAGAUCUACUAUCGACUUGCCCUCUGAAAUGAUCAUCCCGAGGCCGAGCGUCAUGGGGAAAUACGUGCGCACAAGAUGUCAUGCUUUGGAGUGUCUUGGU